AGUAUAGAGGUGUGAGAGGGCGGAGCAGGAUAUAAGACUUCCCAAAAUGACUUCUACACUCUGCUCCUCUACUUCCCUUUUCUCCUCCUCCACGCUACGACGUCGUUUGCCCCUCGUCGGCGCGUUUUGCAUGCUCAGUUUGGGACUCUCCAAUCUCUGCACGCCCUUCCAUUCCUCUGCCCUCAAAACGGGAUCCAAGUUCGGUAUUCGAAGCCACUCCAGCACCAGAAUGGAAGGGAGUAACUCCACUGUGCCGAGUAUUGUUGUCUAUGUCACUGUUCCCAACAAAGAAGCAGGUAAGAAGUUGGCUGAAAGCAUCGUCAAAGAGAAGCUUGCUGCUUGUGUCAACAGGGUACCGGGUAUUGAAUCGGUGUACCAGUGGGAGGGAAAGAUCCAAACUGAUUCUGAGGAACUUCUUAUUAUCAAGACUAGGCAAUCCCUUCUGGAGGCAUUGACAGAGCAUGUCAAAACUAAUCAUGAAUACGAUGUGCCAGAGGUGAUCUCCUUACCCAUCACUGGAGGCAAUCUUAAAUAUUUAGAGUGGAUUAAAGAGAGCACAAGGGACUGACUAUCAAGUUUAUAGCCCGAGGUGUGGUUUCCAGAGUUCUUCUGCUCGUGUGUUAAAUAAAGUCAGUUUGUCAUCUAUGUAACUAGGCAAUGAUAAUAUUAUGUAGAGGACGAUGAUCGGUCUUGUAUUACUGCUAAUGGCUCUGUUGACUAUGAUUUUAUGCGAAUAGACCUUUUCUUUGUGAUUUUAUGCAUAUUUGGCAUUUUGUUUCUUA